CCAGUACGCAAUUGCCAGUUUUGCCAAUUGUCACCCUCUGAUAUCUGAGAAUCCUAUAUAAUAUACGUCCCUCUUUUGCGUCCCCACUGCAACCCAAUCACGCAGAGAGAGAUUAGACAGAGAUUAGAGGGAGGGAGAGAGAGAGAGUCGUCUCCAUCGGAUAAAACCGAGGAAUCAUAUUCUUUAUGGUUCAUUUCUUGAUUAAUUUAUUAGAUUUUAUGAGAAUUUAAGCAGAAGGGUCUGCUGGGUUUGAUGAGAAAACAUGAAGUUUUGCAAGAAAUACCAGGAAUACAUGCAAGGCCAACAGAAAGAACUUCCUGGGGUUGGUUUAAAGAAGCUUAAAAAGAUUUUGAAGAAAUGCAGGACGGAUUUUGAAUCCCAUCAAGAACUUGAUAGGUCUCCGUCGGCUGCCCACCACUGUCCUCAUCAUUGUCCAGUGUGCGAUGGUACCUUCUUCCCUUCCCUUCUCAAGGAAAUGUCUGCAGUAGUUGGUUGCUUUAAUGAGCGAGCACAGAAAUUGCUUGAGCUGCACCUAGCUUCAGGCUUUCGAAAGUACUUUAUAUGGUUCAAAGGCAAGUUGCAAGGAAAUCAUGUUGCCUUGAUGCAAGAAGGCAAGGAUCUAGUUACCUAUGCACUUAUAAAUGCCACUGCGGUGCGAAAAAUCCUAAAGAAAUAUGAUAAGAUUCAUUACUCCAACCAAGGACAGGCCUUCAGGUCACAAGCGCAAAGUAUGCACAUUGAGAUUCUUCAGUCUCCAUGGCUCUGUGAGCUUAUGGCUUUCCAUAUCAAUUUACGGAAAACAAAGAUAAAGUCAAAGAAGGAUGUCCCUGCCUUGUUUGAGGGGUGCUCAUUGACAUUUGAUGACGGUGACAAACCAUCACUUUCUUGUGAGCUCUUUGAUUCCGUCAAGCUUGAUAUUGAUUUGACUUGUUCAAUAUGCUUGGAUACAGUAUUUGAUCCAGUUUCUCUCACAUGUGGCCAUAUAUUCUGCUAUAUCUGUGCUUGCUCUGCUGCUUCAGUGAGUAUAGUUGAUGGCCUAAAAGCUGCAGAGCCUAAAGAGAAAUGCCCACUAUGCCGGGAGGCUGGAGUUUAUGAAGGCGCUGUACACUUGGAAGAGCUUAAUAUUUUAUUAAGUCAAAGUUGCAGUGAGUAUUGGGAGGAGCGGCUGCAGUCAGAAAGGGUGGAGAGGAUUCGACAGACAAAGCAGCACUGGGAAUACCAGUGUCGGGCAUUCAUGGGCGUGUAGUCUAGAAUAGAUGAUGUUGAUGACUAGAUUUUCAGACCCCAUAGCUUUCUCCAUAACUUCUCAUGAUGACAGUUACACUCGUUUCCUUCUCCCUCUCCCUUUUGGGCUUGGAUAGAAUUAGUGUAUGCGUAGAUGUGCUCUUUGCUUGAUUUAGCUAAAAUUUGUAUAUUUGUGUGUUGAUGAUUUGGAAAUGUGUUAUUCUGCUGUAAAUAACUAGAUGGUGUCGAUGGGAAAAAGACUUGGCAGUGCCAAACUAAA